UGUGUGUGUGGACAUGAUUAUGAGAUGAUAUUGUCCGUCGCUCAGAUGCUGAUUUCCUCCCACGUGUGAGAACAAAGAGAGCGUUUCUACAAACACAGAUGAGAGUCCAGCAGCAGCACAACACACACAGAGACGCUCCUCAGACACUAGUGACUCAUCAGUCAUGGCAAACACGGGUCUUCAGGUGAUGGGGCUGAUCCUGGGCGUGGCCGGCUGGGCGUUCGCGAUCCUGGUGUGCGCCGCCCCCUGGUGGCGCGUGUCCGCCUUCGUGGGGGACGAGCUGGUGGUGUCUCAGGUGCAGUGGGAGGGGCUGUGGAUGUCGUGCGUGUCGCAGUGGGGCCGCCUGCAGUGUAAAGUGUACGACUCGGGCCUCGCGCUCCCGGGCUCCACGCAGACGUGCCGCGGCCUGUGCGUGCUGUCGCUGCUGCUGUGUCUGAUCGCGCUCCUGCUCAGCGUGACCGGGCUCAAGUGCACGCGCUGCCUGGGCGACGCGCGCGAGGGCAAGGCCCGGCUGGUGCGGCUCGGCGCGGCGCUCUUCGUCGCCGCGGCGUUUUUCUUCUUCGUGCCGGUGUGUUGGACCGCGUACGUCGUGGUACGGGACUUCUACGACCCGAACGUCGCCGCGCCUUUCAAACGCGAGCUCGGACCGGCGCUCUACCUGGGAUGGGGCGUGACCUUGCUGCUGCUGGUGGGCGGGGUCAUGCUGUACUUAGGCUCCGCCUCCCCGGGAGUCCCGGCCGUGCCUGUUUUUGGAAAAGGAGCCAAAGGGAACCCUCCGUCCACAGCAGAGAGCAAACCAGAGAAAGUCUUCGUGUAAGAAAGCUUGGAUAAACUGUGUCCUAGUGCUCACCCAGAAACGGGGAGGAAUAUUAUCAUAUCAAUCACUAUUAUGUCAUUCAAAAUUAUCUAUUCACAGACAUUUAUAUCAGGCCUCCCAUAGGUGGUAGGCUCCAUCAUAAACGUACAGUAGGCAUUGGUGUUAUGAUAUUUUUAUGUUUUUUCAUGUGGUGCUUUUUCAGAGUAUCUACUUUUGCGUGCUAGAAUGACUAACCGUGCCAUUUCUAUCUAGAGACAAUCAAGUUAAACGCAUUUCCAAGCAUUUAGCAAUUUCCGAAAGAUCUUUUGCAUGCUACGUGAAGGUCGGUAUUAGCUUAGGUUUUGUUGUUGCCUUACACAAAGCGUUAAUAACUCACGUUUAUCUCAUUCGAUGUGUUUAUUGGUGUGUGUUAUCCGUCUAAUAAACCUGACUGAAUCAUG